GCAUAAUGGCGAAGGCAGGCAGGGGCAAAGUGAGAAUUGUCCAUGCCACGACUUACGGUGGGAAGGCCUAGAAGUUCAAGAGUUUGGAUGGAGUCUGCUUGACACUGCACACUGAUAACAUAACAGAACCGGCUUGCAUUAAUAACAAGCCGAGGCAGACUUGUUUUUUGGGUCCCUGUAAAAUUGGAUAAGCUGAGAUGGCUGUGAAACUUCUCAAAGGAAAGAAUGGUGACACUUCUGCACAAAAAUACGAAACUUUGCUCAAGCUAACCAUCCUAACUUUAGGAGCCAUACUAUCAUUUUCCACUCGACUAUUCUCUGUAUUGCGCUACGAAAGUGUCAUUCAUGAAUUCGAUCCGUACUUUAACUAUAGAACGACGAAAUAUCUUGCUGAGGAAGGAUAUUAUAGCUUUCACAACUGGUUUGAUGACCGAGCAUGGUAUCCUCUUGGGCGUAUUAUUGGGGGUACCAUUUAUCCUGGGCUCAUGGUCACAAGUGCCGUUUUCUACCACAUUCUGAACUUCUUCAACUUUGCCAUUGAUGUCCGUAAUGUGUGUGUGUUUUUGGCUCCUCUCUUCUCCAGCUUCACUACCAUUGUGACUUAUUUACUUACCAAAGAGUUGAAAGAUGAAGGAGCCGGCUUGACAGCAGCUGUAAUGAUAGCAAUUGUGCCAGGCUACAUCUCUCGAUCGGUUGCAGGAUCAUAUGAUAAUGAAGGGAUUGCAAUUUUUUGCAUGCUUCUGACGUAUUAUCUUUGGAUUAAAGCUGUUAAAUCGGGAUCUGUGUUUUGGGGAGCUUUAUGCUCUGUUGCAUAUUUUUACAUGGUAUCAUCUUGGGGUGGAUAUGUUUUCUUGAUAAACUUAAUUCCCUUGCACGUUUUCACAUUGAUUGUUACUGGUCGAUUUUCACACAGAAUAUACGUGGCAUAUAGUACCGUGUACUGCAUUGGUACUAUAAUGUCGAUGCAGAUUCCAUUUGUUGGAUUCCAGCCUGUCCAGACUUCAGAACAUAUGUUGGCGUUCGGUGUUUUUGGUCUUAGCCAAAUUGUUGCUUUCAUUGACUACUUAAAGUCGAAGUUAUCUCAAGAAAAUUUUGAGACUUUGUUCCAUGCAUUGUUUACUACAUUCGGAGUGGUUCUUGCUGGAGGUGCCACAAUAUUAUGGGCUACAGGGAAAAUUGCACCUUGGACUGGACGAUUUUACUCCUUGUUGGAUCCUUCUUACGCCAAAAACAACAUUCCCAUAAUUGCCUCAGUCAGUGAGCAUCAACCAACAGCUUGGAGCUCCUUUUACUUCGACUUGCAACUACUGGUUUUCUUGUUCCCGGUGGGCUUGUAUAUUUGUUUUACCAAUUUAAACGACGCCAAUAUCUUUAUUAUUCUGUAUGGAAUAACAAGCAUUUAUUUUGCUGGGGUCAUGGUUCGAUUGAUGUUGGUGUUAGCUCCAGUCAUGUGUGUGUUGGGUGGAAUCGCAGUCAGUUCAUUGCUGGGAAAAUACAUGAAAGACCUAGAUUGGGGCGGCAAAACGCAGGAAAAACAACGCCCAGUGAAAACUAAAGAAGCAGCAAGUCCACAAGGGAAACGGCAAGAGGUCGCAAUUGCAUUUGUGGGAAUGCUUACGCUGUUUAUGGUCAUGUAUGCCCUGCACUGCACAUGGGUUACGUCAGAAGCUUACAGCAGCCCAAGUAUUGUUUUAUCUGCCCGAUCCUACGACGGUUCACUCAUAAUCUUUGACGAUUUCCGUGAAGCCUACUACUGGCUAAGGAUGAAUACUCCACCCGAUGCAAAAAUCAUGUCUUGGUGGGAUUAUGGAUAUCAAAUAACAGCGAUGGCGAAUCGAACAAUAUUAGUGGACAAUAACACUUGGAAUAAUACCCACAUAAGCCGAGUCGGACAAGCAAUGGCAUCUCCAGAGGAAAAAGCUUACGAAAUAAUGCGAGAACUUGAUGUAGACUAUGUUCUAGUCAUUUUUGGUGGUUUGACUGGAUAUUCUUCUGACGAUAUUAAUAAAUUUUUGUGGAUGGUCCGCAUUGGUGGAAGUACUGACAAAGGAAAUCACAUCAAAGAGCAAGAUUAUUACAGUCCCUCAGGUGAAUUUCGAAUCGAUAGAGACGGCUCUUCAACAAUGCUAAACAGCUUGAUGUACAAGCUCUGCUAUUACAAGUUUGGACAAAUGUACACUGAAGGUGGGAAGCCGACUGGAUAUGACCGCGUUAGAAGUGCUGAAAUUGGAAAUAAGGAUUUCGAGUUGGAUGUAUUAGAAGAGGCCUACACGACUGAACACUGGCUUGUACGCAUUUAUCGGGUCAAACCUUUGCCUAAUCGAGGUGCAAGAUAACUCAAAUCUUUAACAUUCAUAUGAAACAGGACACGACUACAUAAGCUAUGCUACUUGACUACUGUUUAUUGUGUAUUUAUUAUUAAGCAAAGUAUAAAAGUCAUAUUUCUUAAAUUGACUGAAUAUCUUAAGAAUUAAUUGUGAAUUUAAUGUCUCAGCCUCACUCAGUCCGUCAGCCCAGAUUAAUUGUGAUAAAUUAUUUCAUUCUUUUUUAAUCCGUUAUUGUCGUCAGUACUUUAACUGCAAAUAAAACUUACGUGUAGCUCAUCAAUAAUAAAAAUAAUUCUUGUUCAUGCUUGUUAAAAAACUUGAUAUAAUAUUUUGUUAAUUGUUAAGUAUUAUGUUUCAGUUUUAGAUGAAUACUUAUUACACUUUGCGAACGAAGAAUAAAAUAAAAUCUAGCUAAAA